AUGAAACUCCUCAAACUCCUCAAACUGUUGUUGUUUUCCCUGGCGGCAUUCUCCAACCCAGUCCAAGCUUUUGAGAUUGCAAAUCACAUUCCUCACAGUAGGAGACAGGCUGCCGGCUUCAAUAGUACGACAUCAUCGGCCGCAACAAGCUCUGCGUCGCAGAGUCCCUUGUCACCUAUCAUCUCAUUCACCCAAGCGGGAAACCCGUUGACUAAUACAGUUGCGACGGAUACUCUUCCAUCUGUCUCAAUCAGCCAGCCAGCAAGAGCACCAGAGUCUCAAAGCUUAUCAGGGAUCUUCUCAACAACAGGAGAGUCAGGGACAGGCGGCUCAUUUUCGACAACAUCAGACGACACCAGUUCGCAGAUCUCAGCCGCUGAAAGCACACUGACACUAGCCAAUGGCACAAGUCGAACCAUAGCCAUUGUCACCACGGCAGACGCGUCGACAGUGGGUUUCAACGUUGCGGCCUCCAGGAAUCAAACUAGUACUGUGUUCCUGUUGUCUCUAUCGGCAACUGCCACAAGUAUCAGAUCUCUCUUUCCUACCAGCAACAUUUCAAUAUCCGCGUCACCCAGCGGGAACUACACGAACGGGAACUACAGCGGCUCUCCCACAAGUGUACCCAACUCGGACAACGGCGAUGGAGAUUAUGUGACUUUGACACUCAAGAGUGGUUACGAGCCUCACGUUGUCUGCAUAUCGACCACAGAAGGUGCUGUACCGACAACUUGGUCCAUCCUAUACACGACAACGACGACAAUUUACGGAGAUGCAACAGAUUACACCCCACCGGAACCGGACAUCACAGUCCCUGUCACAUGCAGUCCUGCGGGCCUGGCAGGAGGCAAGGGAAAGACACGGGUGUCUGCGAGUGGUUCGUGUACCUCGGUGGAUGGUGAGGACAUUUGCACGAGCGAAGUGCCUCAGUUCUCAACCUUGAGUUCAAGCCUUGGUCCAGAAACGACGUUCACUUUUGUCACCACGGCCAAGAACCCUUUCGUCAUCUUCUCGCCUAUCAGCACACCCCUAUACGGUCACGAUCCUGAGACAAGAGCCCCACAAGACAAGCACUCAUCCGCGAAACCCACAGCAAAGCCCAUACCGAAACCGACGGACCCGAUUCAGUCGCCCACCAACGAUCAGAAACCAUCAGGUUUGCCUGACUCGCCACGUGAAAGUGCCAAGGAACCGCCAAAGGCAACCUACAUGAUUACCGUAGCGCCGACCGAGAUCAUCAUCAACGACCAAACUUUCACGCAGAAUGACCCCUCAGAGACUACCAAGGUGACGGUGAGCGGCAAUGAUUUCACAAUCAACCCGAGCGAGGUCAUUGGCGGCGGGACCAUUGUUGAUCGGCCCGGCAACGUCGGCCGAAGCACCAUGGUCUCAUCCAGCACGGUGGUUGGCGGCUUGCCUGUAGUGAUUGCGCCCGCAGGAACGCAAAACGUCGUCGUCGUCGGUGGGACGACGUUUGGGGUACAGGCUACGCCCAUAACAGUGGUAGUGGAAGGCCAGACAAUCACCAUCGAGCCGUCCGCGAUCAUUCUUCCGGGGCAAAACAUUGCAAGCGGCGGCGCUGCCCCGGUAUCGACGGUGGUAAAAGGGCAGACCAUCACCCUUGUGGCAUCAUCGGCCGGUGUUCCGGUGCAAAUCGGAUCACCGGGCCGCACUGCUCCAGUAACGACCGUGAUCGAUGGCCAGAAGACGACAAUCCAGCCCUCCGCGCAGGCUGUCCCCAAACAAACCGUUUCGAUCAGCCACGCGUCCCCGGUCCAAACGGAGAUUGUUGUGGCAGGCGGCGAGAUGAUCACCGCCAUUGGUCCAUCUGUCGUGGUCAUCCGGUCGACGACGUUUACGCACGGACUAGUUCCAACCACCAUCACGAAGAUUGUAGACGACGAUACUAUUUUGAUAGGACCCUCGGGGGUCUCUGUGCGCAAUAUCACCGUGGGAGGGCCACGGGCAAAGGCAAUGGACACUACCUACGAGAUUGUGGGCGGUGCUUCAGUCACUCAAGUUGGGGCAUCGGUUGUGGUUGUAGACGGCACAAGCUUCACGGUCGGGCCAGGCAAGGGAACGACGACAAAGGUGUUUGGCGGCGAGACCAUCACAAUUGGUCCAUCCGGCGUGGUCGUUUCAACGAUGAGUCUCCCGUACCCCUUUGGCCCAACGGUGAUUACGACUAUCGACGUGCCUUCAACGGCGGCGGCGCCGUCGCCGGUGCCGUCUGAGACGAAGAAGAAUAGCGGUGAUGUCAUUAGGCCGGCGAAGGCAUUGACAGGGUUAUAUCUUGAGGUUUGCAUAACGAUCGGCGUCUGGGUUCUUGGGCACACGUUUUGA